AUGGAACUGAGAGGCCAAGAUAAAGAGAUGGGGAUGCCGAGCACCUUGAGCUAUGAUCCAUCCCACAGAGAGUCAACCACCAACAAGCUGUCUUCUCCACUUGUAGCUUCAGCUGUGGGAGAAAGACGAAGGGAUCAAACUGUUCAUGGUAACACGAUCGUUAACCCAGCUCAAGCCCUAGAUCAUCAUCCUGUUUAUCAUCAUCAUCCUCCUCCUCCUCCUCCUCAUCAGUCAGAUCCACAUCCACACCAAGAUGCACACAAACCCAGAAGAGAUCCAGACCCAAAUCCAGAUCCAGUCCCAGCUCAGCUUGCAGCCACAGGUGCAAUAAGCACACCAACCAGAACUGGUGCAUCAACAUUAAAAUCACCACUCCCACAACCACCACGAAGCAUCUCUACCAUUAGGGCUGCACCAAAGGUGAGAUAUAGAGAAUGUAUGAAGAACCACGUGGCCAGCACGGGCGGGCACGUUGUGGAUGGCUGCGGAGAAUUCAUGUCAAGCGGGGAGGAAGGCACCCCGGAGGCCUUACAGUGUGCAGCUUGUGAAUGCCACCGGAAUUUCCAUCGGAAAGAAGUCGAGGGUGAUUCAAAAUAUGUUUCCAAUUGUUACUACCCGAACCCCAGCAUAAACAAUGGCCAAAGAGAAAUGAUACCUUCUCAACAUCAUCCUCCACUCCCUCCUCCCUCGGCUCAUGUAUAUCACCAUCACCAGAAAUUCCCGCAUGUUCUAUCCACAGCUCCUUUGACGGGAGCCACCGCACCGGUGAUGAUGGCCUUUGGAGGCGGCUUUGGAGCGGCAGCCGAGUCUUCGAGCGAAGAUCUCAAUAUGUUUCGGUCUAAUGUUGGUAUGCAAACUUCAGUACAAGCGCCGCAAUCCAAAAGGAGGUUUCGGACAAAAUUUACUCAGGAACAGAAGGAUAAGAUGAUGGAAUUUGCUGAGAAGUUGGGGUGGAAGAUCCAGAAACAUGACGACCAAGAAGUCCAGCAGUUCUGUUCAGAAGUGGGUGUAAAGAGGAAAGUUUUCAAGGUAUGGAUGCACAACAAUAAACAAGCCCUGAAGAAGAAGCAAAUGUAAGGCAAAUCAAAUUUUUCAAACCCUUGAGAUUACUUUUACUGAUCAGCAAAUGCAUAUAUUCGGUGAAUGAUUAGAUUAGAUAUGCACAGAGGUACAGAUCAAAUGGAGGAGUUAGAUUACCCACCCACUACUGUAUCAGCAAUAACCUUUUUUUUGGUGCAAUUCGCAGUGAUGCUAUAAAUUAACCUCAAUCAAUCUAUAAAUCUUCUUCUAA